CGAGGGAGUGGUGCGAAACAAGAAAAUAACCUUUACAUCCACUACGUCCAUGACCGAAAGAAAAACCGCCAUUUCCUCGAUUGUUGCUCAUCUCUUUAUUAUCAUCCGUCGUCGUUGUUGUACCGUAUUUAGUGCGUCUUUCUAUGCUGUUUGUGCGUCUAGUGCGGGAAUAGUGACGACAUCAUCGUAAGUAACGAGCGCAGCAAGAGGAAGCGCAGUACCAAUUCUCGAAACCGUCCAUGUUUAUAUACAAGGUACACACCACACCAGAUAUUAGAGAUUCUCCUUCUGCCCAGUCGCUAUUUCGACUAAAAUCUUCUGCCAACAAGACCUGUUUACCUGUUGGAUAAGUCUGUGACGUGUGUUUUUGCUACUUGUUGCUCUCUCACCUAUACAUGGUCACCGACGCCAUCAUCGCUCCUUCCCCUCGUGACAACCACCUGACGAUUAUUAGAGCACUUGCAGCGGCCCAUGCAACGGUUUAUACAUUCCCAAACAUAUCAUAAAAGACAAUAUCUUUCUAAGUACUCUUCAUUAACUAAAAUUCCUAAUAAUAAUAAUCGCCCGUCACAACAAAAUAAGAAAUUUACGGACUGUCUCUUGUUCACUGUUUAAAUUUCGUGCCAUAACUCCAUGCUGAGGUAGCCUUUGGUAUCACUUUGGUAGUGAUUUACUACGUAUUUAUUAACCUGCACCAUGCCCCGUUGUUACAUGGUCAAAAAACAAAGCAGCAAGUACCAAUCCACCAUGAGAGAUAACUGGGACGAAGAACCUACAGGUACUACGAAUGCUCCGGAGAGCCCCAUAGAAGCUUGCGUGGCGCCACCCUGUUACACUCCUCUAACCAAUCGUUCCGAUUCUAGUCAAGAAUUUAGUAAUAUUGAUCAAAAUGGAAAUAAUUAUUCAAAUGAAAAUAAAAGUAUUCCUCAAUUUCGAACGCGAAGCGCCGAAGAAACGGAAGCAGCUCACGACCUGUUAUCACUUUCCCAAAGUCUCCCCCCUUUACCAGCGCCCGGUGCUGUAACAAUUUCCAUUUCUCAAAACGAAUCGUCCCUCUCUUGUAUACAAUCGUACCGAUCCCCGUCUCCCGAACAAUCGUCAAUAAUAAAUUAUAAAAACGUUUCACCAAUACCAGUUUCAAUCCCUUGUUACCAUCCCUCUAUAGUUUACGUGGUACAAGUACCUGGCGUUCCAACUCCACCCACAUCAGAAUGUUCUUCCGACACCGAAAACCCUUUAAACCAACACACCCUUGUAAAACAUGAGGUUCAAACCCUAAACGAAGCCAGCGACAUUAUUAUUCUUCCCUUAUCGCCUGCCACCGACGAUAAUAUAAAAGACGGAAAGAAAGAAUUAAACCCGAAUAUAAGAACAACGGACAUUCCCACAGUCAUAGUCAGUCCUUCCGUCGUCACCAAGGUCCCAGUGAGACAGCAGUCUGUCAUAACAUCAACAGCGUCGAUACCUGAUCGACGAAUGCGAAGAAGUGGAAACUGCAGGUCGAAUAAGAUUGUCAAAGGUCGAGAUAACAAUAAUGACAGUGCUUUAACCAAUAAUAACACGUAUGUAACUAAUGAAGAACAAAAAAGCAAAAGGAAAUUCUAUACGGUUCUAGAUACAGACUCGAAAUCGGCGUCAUCGGCGCCAUCGACCAACAGUGUAUCGGCGGACCUUGCGGCAAAAAUUGCAGCGUCAAAACCUUCAUCUCGAUACAUAUGCAGCGAAUGCGGUAAACAAUACGCGACAUCGAGUAACCUUUCGCGGCACAAACAGACGCAUCGCAGCCUUGACUCGCAAUCGGCAAAGAAGUGCAUGACGUGCGGAAAGGCAUACGUAAGCAUGCCAGCCUUAGCGAUGCACGUACUUACGCACAAGCUUGCACAUGGCUGCGGCGUUUGCGGUAAGCAGUUUUCGCGUCCAUGGCUGCUGCAAGGCCAUUUGCGAUCGCAUACCGGCGAGAAGCCUUACGGAUGCGCACACUGCGGCAAAGCCUUUGCCGAUCGGUCCAAUUUGCGUGCACACAUGCAAACGCACUCCGCUGACAAAAAUUACCGUUGUCCUAAGUGUAAGAAGACUUUCGCUCUCAAAUCGUACCUUAACAAGCACCAAGAAAGCGCGUGUUGGGAUUUCGGAAAGCAGAGGGAUAGCGGUUUCGGAAACGGGGAUCCGGAUGAACCCAUCGACGAAAUGAUCGAAGAAAUUAUCGUAGAUGAGUAAGAUGAUAACAUACUGUGAACUAACCAUAGUCAACAAAACAAAAAUGUGCACAGAAUGCAAUAUGUCGAGGAUUAGAUAUAUUUUAUAUCUGUUUAUCGAAACGAAAAGUAGGAGGAUAUUAAUUAUUAGUAUUUUAUACUAACAUGAUAAUUUCAAGUAAUGAUUUUUCAUCAUUGUAAAGAAAGUGACUUGAAAUUGAAGAAAAACAAAAGGGACGCUUGAUUUUGUGCACUUUUUUGAAUAAAGCUUGAAAGCAUAAAGAGAGUACAGUAAAAACCAGGUAUAAAAGCAAUACAAUAAAGAUUUAGUUAUCUAUAAGACUUUUAGUAAGUAAAAGAUGGUUAUCAAAAAGCAACGAAAAUUAGAAUACGAGUAAAAAUUAGGAAUUCAUUUUACCUACUUAACAUUAGUCGCUUUCUGCUUUCAUUAAACUUAUUUCAGAUUUGCUAAUUAGUUUUAAAACAAAAAGCUUGAUACAUUCGAAUACAAUGUACAUUAUCUACAACGAAAGCAGGCCAGCAUAACAAAACUUUACGCCAUUAAUGGUCGCAGAAUUAAAUAUAUAACUAGAUAUCAGUUGAGUUUACAAUUUUUGACGUCCGUGACACCGUCGUAUUAAAUAUCUAAAGUUAUAAAAAAAAAUUAACUGUCAAAAUAGUCCGAUGACCAGCGCAGAAAAGAGACGUAACAAAAGUCGACAGAAAUAUGUUCUAUAAUUCAACGUCAAAAUAUGUUUCGGACAUCUGCUCCUGACAAAAAUGGCGGUAGCAUAAAUCCCGAGAAUUCAAUAAAGGAAAAUACUAUAAAGGAACUCCUGUCGCAGACAGAAUGCGUCAUGUUUGAAACCUUUCACCGCCACCAGCAACGGAUUUUUAUUCAUAUUAAUAAUACUUUCGUUUUCUUUCUCACUUAUUUUUUCAAUUUAAUCAAGUCAAAAUAGAAAAGUGCUUACUACUGUACACCCCGGCCGCAGGGAUUUAAAACAUAUUUUUUGAAAAGGAAAGAUUGGAAAGAUUUUCUUUCUUGUACGCAUUCUCCUAAAAAAUAAACUGAAGCUGGACGGUUUGAGUUAAGAUGCCAGCAAAGCUUAUUAGGUGUUCUCUAAGACAAAAGCACUACAUAAUAUACAGAACAAUUCGAAAGACAGAAAUAUAAAUACGUAUGUCGAAGUCAAUCUGUAAAUUUCGGCAUUUUCCGUUGUCGGCUUACUAUAUCUUAAGCUAUUGUAUUUGACUUCAUCUAAUUGUGUUGUGAUGGGACAAAUAAAACUGCAGUUUGAAAAAAUUUCAACUUUGAUGAGGUUGUGGUGUGAACCAGUUUCGUGUUUUAUGCGCACCACGAUCAUGUGCCAUCCAAUUAGGAAUUAGAAAUGAUAAUACAACAAUUAAUGCAUAAUUCAUGGAAAACAAGCCAAUAAAACUUCCGUAACCGAUUCGUUUGAGGUUCUAACACACAAUUCAUCAUAUUCGAUAUAAACGUUCAGUUAAUCGAUUGCGCUAUUUUCUAAAUUGUCACCCAGCCGUGUAAAAAAAUGCCAUCAGAUUUUUCAGAUUGGCUGCGAUUACGUAAAAGUGUGUAAGGCAGAUAGUAAAUGCCUGUUGAAAUAUUUAUUUAGGUAUGUGCUUACCGUAAUAUACCCUUUUACUGUUUUUUUGUAGCAUAUGUACGUAACUCUGAUAGAUCGUAGAGAUAUACCUUUCCAGUAUAAUCAGAGCAAACUCGUAAAUUCAGUGAAUGAAAUUCCUUCAUUUGUUGAAUUUUACAAACAAAUACUGUACGUGUUAAUGAUAUUUUUUUUUUUGAUGUUGGCCGAUUGUCUUGUUGGCUUUGCUCGGGUUAUACGGUAACGGCGCGACCAAAUUAAAAGACAUGGACAAUUGUCGCAGCCUUAAAUUUUUGCACCAAUUAAUUAGGAUGUGAAUGUAGUGAAGCAGUAGGGUAAGGUCGUUAGUUAAAAACAACAAACCAAGAAAAAUUAAAAAUAUCUAUAAAAAAAAAAGAAAAACGAAACUUUCAUCCGGUUUUCAGUAUUGUUGUAAGUAUUUUCGUAGGAAUUUUUGCUUAUACAAGGGUGGCUUUUGUAUUGGAUGGAAGUUUCACGUAACAGACUGAUCGAAACGAACAUUGAUUCUUUUGCAUCUAUUAAAAAAUAUUUUCGUUUUUUAGUGGAUUGUCGAAUCCGUGUGCAAUUUUCCAAAUGAAAAGUACUCAUCGUCUGAAAUGGCGACAGUUUAUCUAGAAAAAGCAAUAAUAUACAUAUAAUAAUACCGUACCUAUUGAAAUUGAUAGUCAAUAUCGGAAAUAAUAAGUUUGGGAGUUCUCUCUAAAACGGAAACAUCAGAUGUUUCCCAGAAUUGAUACAUGUAACAUGUAAAACGAUUGGUCCCGAAAAUUAAUUUUUGAAAAAGUCAUUUUCGAUUCUGACCAAUUGGAUUUGUUUCCGUUUAAAAAUAAAAACGAAAGUCAGCCGUUUAUUUGGAUUGGAGAGAACACUUUUCGAGGGCAUAAAUAAUAUUUUAUAAUCUCUAAUCUACCUAUUAGUGCAUAGCAUUAGAAUGUUUAAGUGAUGCAUGGAUUACGUCUAGUCAUUAAGUAUUUAUAUAUAUUUAUUAUAUUUAUUAUGUUACCCCAGAAA